AGCAGAAUAAUUAUGACUUAUUAGAUAUUAUUAUAAAGAAUAAACAAAUCCACUCAUUGUGUGAACUCAAAAGUACCAGUGAAGGGUAAAUAGCAUUUCAAUGUCAAAUUCACCCUGCCGAAUCUCACACUCAUGUUUUUUAAAAGCAGUGCCUCCUCACACCCAGUCGAAUUUUCGAAUUUUCUAAAUUACUGAGAGAGGAAAAACAUGCUCAUCUAAUAUCAUGUAAACGAUAGAGCAUUCCCAGACCAUAUUCCUUUUUCUAAAUUGCUUCUUGUUUGUGACGCAGAACAAGCCGGGACUCCAGAUUCUUAAUAGAUAUCUUUUUAUUAUUAGUUAUUUUUGCUAUCUAAUUUCCAUAGUUAUUUUGCUAUCUUAUUUCCAUAGUUAUCUUUUUGUUAGUAUUUAUUUUAUUUGUUUCCUUUUGCUGUUAGGAAUAGUUAUUUUAUUUGUUUCCUUUUGAUGUUAGGAAUAGUUAUUUGUUUCCUUUAGCUGUUCGGGUUCUUAUAUGUCUAUAUAAGGACGUCAAUUGCUGUAAAGGGAUAGACCAGAUUUUAUAAAGUUUAUUCUUGGAUCCUUCGAUCCCUUGCCCUGCGCUACUCUGUGUCUACUCUGUGUCAGGUGGUAUCAGUUAUGGUUGGCGAUUCUGGAGCUUCCAAUCUCUACGGCCAUGAUCACAAAGACGGAUCCAUGACCAAGGGGGAUUGCGUGAUGUUGCACCGCUUGGAGCAACACCUCGAUCGGCGUUUUGAUUCCAUUCAAACGCAGAUUGCAGGAAUAACUCAAAGGCUGGAGAUUCUAUAGAUGGAUGUAGGUUUGUCAUCUAGGGUUAACAGGAUCAGGAGGGAGAACCAGCGCCACUACCGUAGGGUGGGACGCAAGGAACAACCAUCUGAGGUCGAGUCAACUGAUUCUGAGCGUUCUCGUCGCUCUAAUUGGUCCAGGGCUACAUUGAAAUCAAAGAGAUUGCAACAUUCAACAUCUGAUUCGUCGGACAAUCCAGAGGAAAGCAUUGAUGAAUCUGCUUCUUGAAGGAGAAACAUCCGAAUGCAGGCCCAUCGUCGUCCACGUGGCGACAUCACACAUAAUCACGAAACGGGAACUGGGAGAAAGGGGGCAUCGAAGUUCAGACUGAAGAUUGACAUUCCCUCAUUCAAUGGAACCCUCAAUAUUGAAGCUUUUCUCGAUUGGGUUACGGAUGUAGAUAGGUUCUUUGAACAUGUUGAGGUACCUAACGAAAAACGAGCUGCUAUGGUUGCGUGUCGUCUAAAAUCCAGCCCAGCUGCUUGGUGGGACAGACAACUUCGUGACAGAGAACUUCAAGGGAAAGCUCGUGUUUGUACUUGGCGGAAGAUGAGAGGCAUGAUUGUUGAUGAAUACCUUCCUGCUGACUAUGACCAGGUAUUAUUUCAACAGUACCAAUGCUGCCAGCAAAACAACCGCUCAGUUCACGACUACACAUGUGAAUUCAAUCGGUUGACCACUAGAACCAAACUAUCUGAGUCUACAUCCCAGCAAGUGGCUCAAUACAUGGAGGGGUUGAAGCCACAAAUUCGCAAUAGAAUUGGCAUCCAACACAUAAAAACUUUACGAGAUGCUAAGAGUUUUGCAUUAAAGGUAGAACAGAUGAUUCACCAGAACCCUUUCCGCAACCAACAAAAUAGUGACCGAACCAGACCUACGGGACAGAGAGCAGGAGACACGCCUGCACAACAGAACAAUGAAAAGAAAGGAGCUACUGAAGGCUUUAAGAAUACCCCUGCACAACAGCAGCAGGGAGGACGCCCUAACCCAAACCCUUAUUCUCGACCAUUCAUGGGGAAGUGCUACCGUUGCGGGGGUACCGGUCAUACUUCAAACACAUGCCCAGAGAGGCGAACGGUGAACCUGGCUGGAAAAGAAAUUGAUGAAGUAGAGCCUGAAUUUUGUGACCCUGGUGGUGAUAGUGACAUGAAUGACGGCGAUCCCGACAAUGACCUCUUAGCGAGAGUCUGUCGACGGGUUCUGACCGCACCCAAGGUUGAAGACAUUCAGACGCAACGACAUCAGCUAUUUCGUACACGUUGUACUAUAAAAGGGAAAAUAUUCACCAUUUUGAUAGAUGGCGGAAGUAUGGAAAAUAUCAUUGGGGGCAAGGUGGCUCGUACGCUCGAGUUACAGAUGGAACCACACCCUAACCCUUACAACUUAAGUAGGAUUGCAACCACUUCUGGAGGUAUUCGCGUGGCUCAAUGUUGUAAGGUACCGUUUUCCAUAGGUAACUAUUCAGAUGAAAUCAUUUGUGACGUAGUGGAGGGAUUAGAUGUCUGCAACAUAAUAUUAGGCCGACCUUGGCAGUUCGAUGUUGGUUCUUGCCAUGACGGGAGGACUAAUACAUACUCGUUUGAGAAGGGAGGUAAGAGAUUUGUACUAUUACCCUUACAUUGUAGGAAACGGGAGCCCGUUGUGGAACUGGUCUCGUUGUGCUCCUCGUGGCCUGAUAUCAAACAAGAAUUUUGGAGAACAGACACGGCAUUUGCAUUAGUUAUAAAGCAAGAAGUUAGCCAAGAACGUCCAUCAAUUACCAAAUUACCCGAAAACAUUCAGCUACAACUGGCAGAAUUUGCAGAUAUUAGGCUUGCCACCGUUACGCGACAUUCAACACCAUAUUGAUCUUAUCCCAGGGGCAAGCCUACCAAAAUUACCACACUAUAGGAUGAGCCCACAAGAAGGCAAAUAUUGAAAGGGAAGGUGGAAGAACUGAUGCAGAAAGGACAACUCCGUGAAAGCAUGAGUCAUUGCGUUGUUCCUGCAUUAUUAACCCCAAAGAAAUAUGGAUCUUGGAGAAUGUGUGUCGAUAGCCGAGCAAUCAACAAAAUCACUAUAGGCUACUAAUUUCCAAUCCCUCGUCUCGAUGAUAUGUUAGACCAACUGCAUGGUUCGAAGUGGUUUUCACGUUUAGAUCUCAAGAAUGGCUGCCAUCAAAUCAGAAUUAGGCCCGAGGAUGAGUGGAAGACAGCAUUUAAAACAAGAGAAGGCUUGUACGAAUGGAUGGUUAUGCCAUUUGGAUUGUCAAAUGCGCCGAGUACAUUCAUGAGGCUAAUGAAUCAGGUGUUGAAACCAUUUUUGGGAGUAUGUGUGGUCGUCUACUUCAAUGAUAUCCUUAUCUAUAGUCCCACGGAGGUUGCACCUAUUCCACUUAAGGCAGGUGUUUGAAGCACUACGUGCCAACCAGCUUUUUCUCAACCUCAAGAAAUGUGAAUUUCUAGUUUCCAAAAUUAUUGUUCUUGGGGUUUGUGAUCAGUUCGUCGGGAGUACAAGUUGAUGAAACAAAAAUUCAAGCCAUUCAAAAUUGGCCUGUUCCGAAGACGGAGUCUGAAGUCCGAAGCUUCCAUGGACUUGCCACUUUUUACAGAAGAUUUAUCCAGCAUUUUGGCACCAUUGCAGCGCCACUGACUAACUGUUUAAAGCAAGGGAAAUUUAUAUGGACAGAUGCGGCUAACUCCAGUCUUGAAACGCUGAAAGAGAAACUUUGUUCUGCCCCUGUCCUUACAUUCCCUGAUUUUCAGAAAAUGUUUGAGGUUGAUUGUGACGCUAGUGGUGUAGGCAUCGGUGCAGUAUUGUCAAAAGAGAAACGACCGAUAUGCUACUUUAGCAAGAAAUUUAAUGAAGUACGUGCAAGAUGGAGUACCUACGACAAAGAGUUUUAUGCUAUUGUACGCGCACUCAAGAUUUGGUAACACUAUUCAGUAGGAAAAGAAUUCAUCCUUUAUUCAGAUCAUGAGGCCCUCAAGUUUAUUAACAUCCAGCGCCGAAUUAGCGUUGACAAACAUGCGAGAUGGUGUCAGUUUCUACAAAAAUUCCCAUUCCGCCUAAUGCAUAAAUCAGGGUCUCAAAAUGUUGUAUCAGACGCUUUGAGUAGACGCUUUGAGUAGACAACAUACACUGCUACUACAAUUGGGACAAGUAGUAGUGGGAUUCUCAUGCUUGCGUGACUGUUAUGAAGGAGAUGCUGACUUUGGUAUUACAUGGGCUGACUGUCAACAUGGCCGCUCCACUCAAGAUUUAUAUAUUUGUGAUGGCUAUUUAAUGAAAGGGAACCAACUUUGUUUACCGCGCACCUCCUUGCGCGACAAAGUAAUUUAUGACCUGCACUCUGGAGGAUUAGCUGCUCAUUUUGGAAGAGAUAAAACCAUAGCUGCAGUGCAAGAAAGAUUUUUUGGCCGCAAUUGCGCAAAGAUGUGAUGCUGCGUGUCAUGACAACUUGCCAUGUUUGUCGGACAUCAAAAGGAAAGGUACAAAAUACUGGGUUGUACACCCCUUUACCAGUCCCAACCAGUGUUGUCAAAAUGUCGUUUGGGUCGCUCGGGUCUCUCGGGUCGCAGCCAGCACCGCCCCAACUUGGUGGGUUGAUCGAGAUACGGGGUCGCGACUGGGGCGACGGGGGCGAUUGGGUCGAGCCGGAGUCGAUACUGUGGGUCGCAGUCAAGUGGAGAAGAAAGAAAAUAGAAGAUGAACAGACCCUAUAAUAUUUAAAUAAUCCUAUACUAAAUGGAAUACAACUUUUACUCUCCUAGAUUACAUAAAUGAUUUAGUGGUGCAGAGCUGCUGGCACGUUUUCCUAUAGUAAUUAAUAGGCAGUCUCUCUUUCUCUCUCAUUACUCAUAGACAGAGUAAUAUUUAACACAUUCUCCAUCUCUGUCUUACUCGGCUCUCCAUUUCUAACAAAUGUUUAAUUAAUAUUUCAUAGGCAAUUAUGCAUCUCUCUUUCUUUAUAAGCUGCUGUUAUAUAAAUACAUUACCUAUAUUAUAAUAAGAGCACAAACCUAUCUACAACUUAGUUAUAUUAAUAGGGUGAAAUGGUAGGUCAAUAAAAAUAAAAGUUCAGCGUGUUAUGCAAUUUUUGCACUAUUACCACAUUUGAUUGGUGGGGCGCACGACCCGGUCGACUCAUCGCCCUGCGACCCAAAAUUUCACUCAAUCGCCCGGGUGCGACCCUCGACCCUAACAUCACUGGUCCCAACAGAUAUUUGGGAAGACCUAUCCAUGGAUUUCAUACUCUGACUUCCACGAACGCAGAGAGGUAUGGAUUCUAUUUGUGUAGUGGUUGACAGAUUUAGCAAAAUGGCACAUUUCUUGUCCUGUCGAAAGACCUCAGAUGCUGAUGCAGUGGCAGCAAUUUUCUUCCAAGAAAUUGUUCGCUUGCAUGGGAUUCCAAAGUCAAUUACAUCAGAUCGCGACUCCAGAUUCUUAGGACAUUUUUGGAGACGUUUGUGGAAAAGAUUUAAUUCUUCUCUUAAUUUUAGCAGCACAGCACAUCACAUCCACAGACGGAUGGGUAGACCGAGGUGGUGAAUCGUACUUUAGGCAACAUGUUACGCUCUGAUAUGCCUAGGCAAUGGGACUUAGCCUUGCCUCAAGCUGAGUUUGCAUAUAACAUCGUGCAACAUAGUUCUACGGGAUGCUCUCAUUUUUCUCUCGUUUAUACAAAGGUUCCUGCUAUUGUUGUUGAUCUCUUGCCGCCUGGCCGAGAACCAAGAGGCACAGCUGAUGAGGUUGCUGAGCACAUUGUUGCGACCCGUGAAGAAACAAUCCAGAAGCUGCAUGAGGCAAACAAAAGGUAUAAAGAGAAGGCUGAUGUGCAUCGCAGGGAGAAGAUUUUUGAGGUUGGCGAUGAGGUGAUGGUUUUCUUGCGCAAAGAACGUGUUCCAGUAGGCACUUAUAGCAAGCUGCGGCCAAAGAAAUAUGGUCCUUUCAAAAUAUUGCGGCGUAUCAAUGAUAACGCCUAUAUAGUGGAUCUUCCAGCAGAGUUCAACAUCUCCUCCACAUUCAACGUGGCUGACUUAUCACCUUUCCCCCCUGAUGUCGGCCCUCAAUAUGGAGAUCCUACUCCUUACAGAACUCGCGGUCGAGUUCUCCCCCGGUGGAGGAGCAUGACGCAGAACAAGCCGGGACUCCAGAUUCUUAAUAGAUAUCUUUUUAUUAUUAGUUAUUUUGCUAUCUUAUUUCCAUAGUUAUUUUACUAUCUUAUUUCCAUAGUUAUCUUUUGUUAGUAUUUAUUUUAUUUGUUUCCUUUUGCUGUUAGGAAUAGUUAUUUUAUUUGUUUCCUUUUGAUGUUAGGAAUAGUUAUUUGUUUCCUUUAGCUGUUCGGGUUCUUAUAUGUCUAUAUAAGGACGUCAAUUGCUGUAAAGGGAUAGAUCAGAUUUUAUAAAGUUUAUUCUUGGAUCCUUCGAUCCCUUGCCCUGCGCUACUCUGUUUCAGUUUGGUACUACUUCACAACAUGGAAUAAUAUUAAUAUUAUCUGCAAGACUGCAACGCAACUUAAUAUUUGAAAAGGGUCUCUCUACGAUACAAUUUGGUCUAUACUUCACUACCACAAAUUGCAAAGAGGAAUAUCUAUGACUAACGUGUGGACUUGAAGCAUAUACCACUCUGUCAAGAGUCUAGCAUCACUAGUCCUAAUUCAUACUCUUGAGAUGGCAUUAUGGUCCAGACUCCAGAGACAAUUCUAUCAACACUUAGAAGCCAACUUUUAUAGCUUCAUAAUAUAAGGUAUAUAAACAUUUAACUAUUUGUAUCACUUGCAUCAACAUCUUGCAGAAUAGGCGACAAUGCCAGAAUCCAUACGAUUAUGUUCUCCAAAUAUUCACUGUUACCAAUAUGAAGUUCUUCAAUUUGUAUUAAAAUGGGAGAAUUUCUCCCAAAUUUCUCAAUGAACACUUCUCAGCCAUGCAUAUUGAUGUCAACUUUUCCCUGAAUUCUUGAUUAACCUUUCCACUCCAACAAAAGGAGCAUUUUAGAGCACCACAAAGUGGAUACGUUAAUGAGAAUCACCCAAAUCAUCCAAGAAUGACUAAAUGAGAACUGCCGUAAGAUAGGAUUACAUCUAAUUGUGCAUAAGACCAUUGGGAAACCAACAUCUCUUUUUUAAUAUAUACUACUAUAUUUGGAAUGGAAAAAGUUCAAAAGUAGCAAUGUAUAACAUGAAGAAUAUGACAAUGGGGGUAUAGAAGGACUCUUCAAAUCAAGGACUACAAGAAUAAGAUGUAGGAAUUAUGAAUAGAAAAUUUUAAUGAAGAUAUGUCGAGAUGCAACCAUUAUAUAUUCCUACAAAAGCACUCAAUGAAGUGCUUACCAAGCAGACAAGGAUUUUACAUAGUGAUUUCAAGAAAGCACUCUUUUCCAAUACUCGGUUAAAGCCAACUCAUUUUCUUUCCUAUUCAACUUGAAUAGAGGUUACAUACUUUGCAACUAUUGAACCAGAUUAAAGGCUCUUUGUUGUGUUUAAUGGCUGCACAAAGAGGCCUAGCAUGUAAAAUAUAGAAAACAACUGCGAGGAUGAUACAGAGAACAGCAGGUUGGGCCUACAAAUGGUUAAUUCAAGAUAUGGGUUGAGCAUACCGAGAAACUGAAGAUGGGGAUAGAGGAAAGAGGGACAUCUACCAGCUAAAUGACAUCGACAAGAUUAAAAGACCGCAAAUAAGAUUGCACCUUAUAUCAACGAUGAAAGUGAGAGAAACAACUACACUAUAGUUUAUCACCCAAUCUGAAACAAGUAUGCAAUGAUUCUGAAGAUGAAAAACAAUUCAGCCACAAUGAGAUAAUAAGAUGCUGCCAUUUCUGUAAGCAAUAAGCAAAAAGAAAAUUGAUUUGACAUCUACAGUGGCAAAGCUAAAAUUAAUUCUCGGUACUUUCAAAAGAAAAUCAAGGAACUUCCUUUUUUCCACUUUAAAAAAAUUUGCACCAUCAAACAAAUUUUAUGUAGCAAACUUGUCUUAACCACUAAAACAACUAUAGUAGUAGUGUAGUACUAACAAAAUUCAAUCUCUCUCUCUCUAAUGCAACUUUAAGUUCAAAAGUUGAGCUAGAAGGCAAUGACACACCAUUUAUGAGUAGAAGUCAAGGCAGGUGAACAAAUCCAAUUAUGUGGCAGACAGUCCUUGAAUAACAUAGUACACAAUUCUAAUUUGUAAGAAACUCAACGCAGCAGAGUUUCUGUAUACCUUUUUAUUAAUGGAAUAGAAGAAAAUGC